AUGCCGAGCCGAAACCAGGCGAACCGUCCUCCGAUUACUCGCUCAUCGCCUAGAAGCGCCACGAAUUACCGAUCACUCAGACUUUCGCGUCAAGAACGUGAAACCGGGUCUCUCAUUAUGCCCUGGUGCUGGAUCCUUCACUGGCCACCACCCAUAAUAGCGCCUACCUUCAACAAGUUCUUCAUCUACAAGAAGGUCCCCGAGGGCUUACCCAUCGCCGGCCAGGACCUCGUCGUCGAGGACAGGCCCAUUAACCUCGAAAACGCCCCCCUCUAUAGCAGUAUCCUCGUCGAGGUCCUUUACUCCUCAUUCGACCCCUAUAUAUACGGCCGUAUACGCGACCCUAAGGUUAAGUCGUACUCGCCUCCCUUCGAGCUGGACGCCUCCCUUCGACCUCGACUAGCUUAUCCUAAAACGCCUACGAGGGCCUCUACGAGGUCGGCAAGCCUAAGUCUAGCAAGAUCAUCUUUGUUUCCUCCGCCGUUAACGCCGUUAGGUAGCUCGUUGGAGGCUCUGUUUAGAUGA